AUGAGGGCGCUUCCUUCUCUUCUGGUUAGGACACUCACUUCUGGAAUCAGUGGCUCCUUGGGGCUUCCUGACAUGUCUGAAGUGCGGAGCAGAUUGAGAGAUAUAGUGGGAGCAUCUACCAACUGGAGGGAUCAUGUGCAAGCAAUGCAAGAAAGAAAAGCUCUUCAUACUUUACUGGCAAAACGGCAGGAAGAUCUCCCUCCUAGGAGAAUGAAGGACAGCUACUUGGAAGUGAUUCUGCCUCUAGGAAGUCAACCUGAAAUAAGAGAAAAGUACCUGAAUGUACACAACAGCGUAAGGUUUGGAAGGAUACUUGAAGAUCUUGACAGUUUAGGAGUUCUUAUUUGCUACACUCACACCAAGCAGGAAAUGCAGCCAAGGUCUCCCUUAUCCAUAGUUACAGCUCUGGUGGAUAAAAUCAAUUUGUGCAAGAAGAUUAUAUACCCAGACUGUGACAUCAAAUUCACUGGCAAUGUUUCUUGGGUUGGGAGGACCUCGAUGGAAGUGAAGAUGCACAUGCUGCAGCUACACGAUGGUGAUUACAGCCCUGUGUUAGAUGCAACCUUUGUCAUGGUGGCCCGGGAUCCAGAGAACAAACGGCCAGCAUUUGUUAACCCACUCGUUCCUGAGACCCCUGAGGAAGAAGAAAUCUUCAAGCAAGGGGAAUUGAACAAGCUGAAGAGGAUUGAUUUCAGCACUGCUUCCUUACUGAAAAUGGCUCCCACUGCAGAAGAAAGAAACAUUGUUCACGACAUAUUCCUCAACACGCUGGACACAAGGACAGUAAGUUUCCGGAGUCGUAAAUUACCACCCAAUUCAGUGUGGAUGGAAGAUGCAAAGCUAAAAGGCCUACAGAUUUGCCAUCCUCAGGAACGGAACAUCUUCAAUAGGAUCUUUGGUGGUUUUCUCAUGAGAAAGGCGUUUGAACUGGGAUGGGCAACUGCUUGCAGCUAUGGGUGAGUUGUAGAC